UUCGUUGUCACCUGUCAGCUGUUAAUGGUAUGUUGACACAGUGUGAGUGUCUUCGUCAACUGUGUUCUUAGCAGUUUUAGGUUAUUUAAUAUUUUUGUAUAUUUUUAUAUUAUGUAUGAAAUCAAGUUAUAUUAAUUUAUUGUGAAAAUCAGAUUAUACGUAUAUUCUGCUAAAAUGGUUUUGAUGACUACGAUUGCACGUAUACACGAUGGAUUGCCACUAGCUGCUACUAUGCAGGAAGAUGAGCAGUCCGGACGAAAUAUUGUUGAGUACCAAAACCAAGCUAAAAUGCUCUUCAGGAAAUUGAAUGCCCAAAGCCCUCCCCAAUGUACUAUUGAAACAGGACCAUACUUUUUUCAUUACCUCAUAGAACGGGACGUGUGCUACCUUGUGCUGUGUGAGCGCAACUAUUCCAAACGGUUGGCAUUUCAAUACCUUGAGGAUAUAGCUCAAGAAUUUUAUUCGCAACAUGGUAAAAAAGUUAACACUGUAUCAAGACCAUAUUCGUUCAUUGAAUUUGACACUUAUAUACAGAAAGCAAAGAAAGUUUUCACUGACUCACGAGCACGUAGAAAUUUCAACAAUCUCAGCACAGAACUACAGGAUGUUCAGCGAAUAAUGGUCCAAAAUAUUGAUGAUGUUUUACAAAGAGGAACUGUUCUUUCAGAACUUGAUACCAAAGCACAAAAUCUGUCAAUACUUUCACAGAAAUACAAAAAGGAUGCUACGUACUUGAACAUGAAGUCAAUGUACAUGAAAGUAGCUGCGGGUGCUGUAGUCAUGUUUGUUUUUGUAAUGUAUUUUUGGAUACUUUGAACAGGUGAUUUCUAUUGAUCUGUCUUCAAGACAUAAAUAAUAAACAAAUUUUGCUCCAACUCCUAUGGAGUUGUUGAAAAUCAAGUCAACUAUAUUUUGGUCAUAUUUUAAUACCAGAGUAAAACAUGCUUGUGUAAGAAAAAUAUUAUCUGUCAAAUGUAUCAUAAAUAUUUGUGGAAAUUACAUUUAGUUUUAAACACCUUUUACACUUUUGUUCCAAAACUAUGUAAGAUAGAUUAAGUAGAAUAAUAUAAACUAUACUCUGUAUCUGUUAUGUACAUAAUAUUGAUAAAUGUUGUGUUUGUAAUUAAAUGGGAUGAGUAUGUUCUUAUUGAUUAA